UAAACAACAAUCACGCUACACGUAAUUAUUCGUGCUGGAAAUACGCUGUGUGAAUGCGGGAAGUACAUAAGAGCAUAAUAUAAACAACAAUAAUGUAAAUAAAAGUGGGAAACAAUUUCCAAUGACGCGAAAGGCAAAGAAAGACGCAAGAGUACCCUUAAUGAUCCAACAAUAAUGACGGUAAUGUGGUUGACGCUGACAACACUUGGGGGCAGAGAGUGACACACUCGCACUAAUUAUGAUAAAUGCAAUGUGGAUAAGCGUUCCAGCCAAAGCUCAAAUCAAAUACACACACGCACACUCCAAAAAACAACUCUAACUAAAUAUAUAAAAACCGCAGAUUUGGUCAACAAAGAAGGCAAAAAACAAUGUCCAAAUAUCAAAAGCUUGCAGCCACAGUGCAUGACGAUGAUGACGAUGAGAAUUUUUUGCUGUAUGCAAAUGAUAAUCAACAACAGUUGCAGCUGCAACAGCAGCAGCACCACCAGGAGCUCAACACUAACAGCAAUAAUAUAAGACUGAAUAGCAGCACUCGCAUGCCAAAUGGUAAUCCUAAAUACCACUAUAUGAACAACAAUAGCAGCAACAGCAACAACAAUAGCAACAGUAGCAACAAUAGCAACAAUAGCAACAUGAAUGCGAUAGCACGCACAAGAAUGCCAACAGCUGGAGACACCAUGGAGCUGGAGGAGCAUACCUAUGAGGUUCCACUAUUGCGUAAGAGUAGCAGCAACAAUAGUGGCACAAAUUUGCACUUGGAACCUGGCACCGAAGCUGUCGAUGGCUGUCACAGCUCCCAGCCGGGCUUUGGGGCGAACCUUAAAAGCAAAUCGGCGCAGGAGGCGAAAUUUAAAAUUCUGCUCGCAAUUUCUCUCUGUUGCAUAUUUAUGAUCAUUGAAUUCCUUGGCGGCUAUAUGGCCGGAAGUCUGGCAAUUAUGGCAGAUGCGGCGCAUUUGGCAUCUGAUUGCAUUAGUUUCGUCAUCGGCCUUGUGGCCAUUUGGUUGGGUGCCCGACCGCCGGACGCACGCAUGUCCUUCGGUUACAAACGCUUCGAGGUCCUGGGUGCCUUGGCCUCCAUCCUGGGCAUUUGGCUUCUUACGGCGAUGCUCGUUGUCGUUGCCAUCGAACGCAUCUACUCGAAUGACUUUGAACUCGACGUUGACAUCAUGAUGUUCAUAUCGGCCAUUGGCAUUGGCAUCAACAUUAUCAUGAUGUUCGUGCUGCAUGGCUCGUGGUUCAUGGAAUCCAAUGGACAUGGGCACAGCCACAGCCACAGUCACAGUCAUGGACACAGUCACGGUGGAUAUGAGAAUGGAAAUGGGCAUGGCCACGCCCACACCCAGGCAACGCCUGGCAGCGCCAGCGAUGAGCUUCAUAAUGUUGUUAUAGCAAAUGGCUUAAAGCCAAUCCAGCAAAACGGCAAAGCCGUGGAGCGCAAUAUGAAUCUGCGUGCAGCGAUGAUACACGUUAUUGGCGAUCUGGUGCAGAGUAUUGGCGUCUUUCUGGCCGCCGUCCUAAUCAAGUUCUAUGUGAGUGAAGAUGGAAGGGGGCGAUGUCUAGAGCCCGGCGCCAAGUAUGCGGAUCCAUUGUGCACGCUGCUCUUCUCCGUAAUUGUGAUUAUGACCACGGUGCAGCUGUUCCGAGAGUCAAUAUCCAUUUUGCUGGAUGCGGUGCCCCGCAACGUCUGCCUGUCGUCGCUGCAGCGCGAACUGACCACCAUUGAGGGUGUCAAAUCGGUGCAUCAUCUGAAUGUCUGGCAACAUACCAACGAGUACAAUGUGCUCACGGCUCAUUUGGUUGUGGACCUGCUGAGCGACUCGAAUGCGGUUCUGGAGAUGGCGACGCAAUUGGCCUGCGGCAGCAAGUACAACAUCAAACAUGCGACCAUCCAAAUCGAACGUUUGACUGAACAUACGCGACAGCGACAACAACACCAACUAUAUAUAGUACACUGAGUGACCAAAGUCUGUGUGCCGCAGCAUUAUCAACUCGGCACCAUUUAAUGUGAUUGUAUUUGUAUUUAGAGCCCCCAAUUUGUGUAAAUAGAUUUUAUGACAUUUAGAUAAACGUAAUUGAUAUGAUUUUAA